GAAAAAGAAAAAGAAAUCUAGGGUUCAUCUCAUCAACCCCCGCAUCUUCAUCCAAACCCAUUAUUCAACUUCAUUCAUUGCUGUUGGAAUAUGCUCUGCCGCAUCAUUAUUCAGGUGUAUAUCAAGGGAAUUGUCUCGGAAUGUGAUGAGAAAUGAGGGUUAGGGUUUUUAAUGUGUGUAGCCAUGGGUUGUGUAUUUGGCAAAGAGAUUUCGUCUUCUGGGCCAGCGAGUUCUGAGAUCGUCGCAGAGAAGAGGAGAGAAAGAAUUCAUUCUGGGAGAGGAGAUGGAUCUUUAGUGGCAAAUCCUGAUAGUAGCAACGUUGGCACUGCUGGUGGUGAGCCACAAAAUGGAGUGGAUCGGAAAGGGGAGAAAGAUGGAAGUGUGAGGCCAAGAGGUGAAAGAAGGCGCUCAAAGCCGAAUCCUAGACUCAGUAAUCCACCCAAGAACAUCCACGGUGAACAAAUUGCUGCUGGAUGGCCAGCUUGGCUAUCUGCUGUUGCCGGAGAAGCCAUCAAUGGGUGGACACCUCGGAGAGCUGAUACUUUUGAGAAAAUCGACAAGAUUGGACAAGGUACAUACAGUAAUGUGUACAAAGCUAAGGAUACCAUGACAGGAAAAAUUGUUGCAUUGAAGAAGGUACGGUUUGACAAUUUGGAGCCCGAGAGUGUGAAGUUCAUGGCCAGAGAGAUUUUGAUAUUACGCCGUCUAGAUCAUCCAAAUGUUGUGAAAUUGGAAGGCCUAGUGACAUCAAGGAUGUCUUGUAGUUUGUACCUUGUUUUUGAGUACAUGGAACACGAUUUGGCUGGACUUGCUGCGAGUCCUACAAUCAAAUUUACGGAGCCUCAGGUUAAAUGUUAUAUGCAUCAGCUAUUGUCUGGGCUUGAACAUUGUCACAACCGCCACGUUUUACAUCGGGAUAUCAAGGGGUCAAAUCUUCUUCUUGAUAAUGGUGGGGUUCUAAAGAUUGCUGAUUUCGGUUUAGCAUCCUUCUUUGAUCCCAACCACAAGCAGCCAAUGACUAGUCGGGUGGUUACAUUAUGGUAUAGACCACCAGAGCUUCUUCUUGGAGCUACUGAUUAUGGUGUAGGUAUUGACCUAUGGAGCGCAGGUUGCAUUUUGGCAGAGUUAUUGGCUGGGAAACCUAUAAUGCCUGGUCGUACAGAGGUUGAACAGCUUCACAAGAUCUUCAAGUUAUGUGGUUCCCCUUCUGACGAAUACUGGAAAAAGUCAAAGCUUCCACAUGCAACCAUAUUUAAGCCUCAACAGUCGUAUAGAAGAUGCAUAGCAGAGACAUUCAAAGAUUUUCCACCAUCAUCAUUACCACUAAUUGAUACCCUUCUCGCUAUUGAUCCAGCUGAACGUCUAACUGCAACGACUGCUUUGGGAAGUGAAUUCUUUACGACAAAACCUUAUGCUUGUGAUCCGUCAAGCCUCCCGAAAUAUCCACCCAGCAAGGAGAUGGAUGCUAAACUACGUGAUGAAGAAGCUAGAAGACUGAGAGCUGCUGGUAAAUCCAAUGCUGAUGGUGCAAAGAAGACACGCACACGUGAAAGACCUGCAAGGGCAGUUCCUGCUCCUGAAGCCAACGCCGAGCUGCAAACAAACCUUGAUAGACGGCGGUUGAUCACACAUGCAAACGCGAAAAGCAAGAGCGAAAAGUUUCCUCCACCCCACCAAGAUGGGACACUUGGGUACCCAUUGGGUUCAUCACAUCACAUGCACAUGGAUCCAGCUUUUGAUCCUCCAGAUGUACCAUUCAGUUCCAAUUUUUCGUAUGGGAAAGCACCCAUCCAGACAUGGUCUGGCCCCUUGGUGGACCCUGCUUCGGCGGGCAGAAAGAAACAUAGCGAUUCUACAACUACUUCCAAGUCAUCAAAGAAUAAGAGUUUGGGUAGAUCGAGGGAAAAAUGAAGCCAAAGAAACACCAGUCCCAGAGGUGCAUACUACAACUACUAUUAUUAUUACUACUACUACUACUCUAUCGGGAAAAGGUUAUUAAGUAAGGUAAAAGUGCAGAGGUAAAGAAAUCAUUUUGUUGUUAUUUAUUAUUAUUAAUGUUUUUUUUUUGAAUCAAGCAUUGUAAAUGUUGCUACUUUAAAUAAACAUAUUUUUUAAUUCGGUAAAAUGAAUUUUCUUUUUUUGUUUUGUCCGUUACGUUGUAUGAAAAGAACUUCAAAUGAUAGUGUUUGCCAUAUUCAAACUUCAGAUUAUCACACGAUGGAAGUGCGUAUUUUUGAAAGAAAAAAAAGGUAAAUAUUUUUUGCAUAAUGCUAAAAAACCACAACAUCCUACUACUGUUAAUAACAUGUUUGCAUAAGGCUAAAUGGUAUAUUUUAAAACAAUCCAUAUCAUUACUACAAUCGUAAUCGUUUACCCAACCAAACCGAAAUAAAAAUACCAUAUCUUAAACUAUGUCAAUAUUGUUUCGAAUAAGAAACAAUAUACUUUAAAAAAGAGAAUUUGCCGGCUAUUUGAAACAAAACAUGUUGCAUAUCCCAAAUAAGAAUUGUUGAAAAUUUUAGAGACUUGUGUUAAGACUAAUAUCUCAUAUCAAAUGAAAUAUUGCAUAGAUGUUCUCCCUCUGCUUUACACCGGAGAUGGAUUACAUAGUUGUAAGUCGCCGGUAUUACCAGUAAUUCCAAGUCACUAACCCCAUUCAAUUAUCUAUGCGUUACGACUAAUCUAUCUACACCCCGCAUUUACAAACUACAUAUUUCAACAGACUUGUACUAUAAAACCCACAUCAGAAAGUGAAAAUUGGAUUGAAAUCAUGCUCCAGAAUUCACAAUUGCUUACUGCAGACAAUAACUCAACUAGUCCUACCAUGUUAAUAACCAAAGAAUCACAAUGGACCUUGCCAAUAUGAUAUCACUUCCUGCAUCUUGAUUCUCCAGAUGAAUAAGCAAAACCAGUGAAUGCAAGCAACUAGAAACUUAAAAGGGAACAAAUCAAACACAAUAUUCUCUCAUUAGGGAGAAGAUAAUACACCACGGGGGAACCUAGAUGUAUGCUGACCUUUGCCUCAUAUGCUAUGCAAGUUAAGCAUCAAAUCUCAGCCGAUGGUGGGAACAAGUAUAUCAAAGAUGUGGUUUCAGCAUAUACAGAUAGGUGUGUUUGGUUUGCAAACGGGACUGGACAGGCAAAAGUAAGAUAGGUGGGAGAAAAAAUUGUGAAAGGUAUUAAAGUUUUAAUCUGACAUGUGAGAUAGGCGGUAGGUGGGUAAAAGAAUUGUUCUACUUAAAUUUUGUUCCAUCAUGUCCUACGUACCAAAUGUACCUACCACAUAC